GGGUGUUUCAUGCAAAUGGCUGUCAGAAAGAGGAACUACAGCAGCGCGAGCGGCUCCGAGGAGCGAGCUGAAGAGAGCUUUUCAGUCUGAACUGAGUCUGGAGCUCGUGUUCCGCAGUUUUCUGAGUUCAUGAGGUGAGAGCAGAGCUGUGAGUGAGUCUGAACCUGGAGGAGAGCAGGACUGACAGGUUUAGGGACCUGUGGAGCUCCUGAACUUCGUGUUCAUCGUGCUGCACUGUAAAUACCCCGCACCCCCCGGUGUUUAAAGAGCAGAUUCAGGCCUGAGGUGGAGUGGAUACUUCCUGGAAGACCCUUCUGUAACGUUACUACGCAGAAUUUUAAGGGGAAAAUCACUAAGAGAAAUGGAGGACUCGAAUUUAGGCCUGGAGACGCUUAGUGAGGUAGCUCUGAGCAGACUUGCAGAGAUGCUGGACAAUUCAUCAUGUGGCUGGAGGCAACUGGCAGAGGCAGUCAAACAGCAGCCACAGUUCCGCUACAGUGAGAAGGAGCUGACCAGCUGCUCUCUCCAGGUGCUCAGUGCCAGAGGGAGCCCGGGCCGGUACAUGCUGGCUCUGCUCACUGACCGUCACUGCUCCAUCGCCUUCCUUCUGCAGUGCCUGAAGAAAAUAGAGAACCAUGAAGCUGUGAAUUUCCUCACAGCACACGUGAUGGUGCCGAUAGAGAUCACGGUGCAGCCGCAGGGCCUGCAGGUGCCAGAGGGGAGCUGUGUGAUGCUGGGCUGCAGGGCGGUGGGUCCUCUGGGACUGAACUACCAGUGGUUCAAGAGGGAAGAUGAGGUGCCAGGAGGAAAUUCGCGAGAGCUAAUUCUGAAUUCUAUUGGUCCGGCUCAGGAAGGUCAUUACCUCUGCAGAGUUAAUGCUGGAGCAAAGUGUGUGUUCAGUAAAUGGGCCCAUGUGCGCCUGGUUCGGUCUGCUGGUGCAGGAGGGAUGUUCCCCUCUUCAGCCAGUGGACUGUGUAUAACUCAGCAGCCCCGCUCUCAGACUCUCUCUGAGGGAGACGCUCUCCAUCUAGAAUGUUCUGCUCAGGCAAACCCUCCUCCUCAGUUCCAGUGGUACCACAACAAGCAGCCUCUGGCCAAAGCUAACAGAAGCUUUCUGAAGAUACCGUGUGUAACUACAGCCGACCGAGGAAUCUACAGCUGCAGAGUGUUCAACCUCUAUCACGAGCUGAGGACUGACCCCGUCCAAGUGGAAAUAGGUCCUGGGUCCUGCACUGAUUCCUCAUGGAUGCCAGAAGAAGAACAAGAUGUUCCGGACAUGCCUCCCAGACAGACGGGUGAAUUCUAUGCCACGGAUAAAGUGGCGCUGCUGAUGGGGAAUAUGAACUACCUCCACCACCGGCAGCUGAGAGCCCCCAUGGCUGACGUGUAUGAGCUGACCAACCUGCUGAGGCAGCUGGACUUCAAGGUGGUCUCCCUGCUGGACCUCAACUGGCAUGAGAUGCAAAGAGCUGUUUCUGAGUUCAUGCUGCUGCUGGGUCAGGGUGUCUACGGUCUACUUUACUACGCUGGACAUGGUUAUGAGAACUACGGCAACAGUUUCAUGGUACCCAUAGAUGCUCCAGCCUCGUACACCUCAGAGCACUGCCUCUGGGUGCAGGACAUCCUGCAGCGCAUGCAGAAACGCCAGACUGGACUCAACGUCUUCCUGCUGGACAUGUGUCGCAAGAGAAACCUGAAUGAUGACAUCAUCCAACAGCCUGGACCUCUGAGAGUAACACCGAACAUCGUGUUUGGCUAUGCAACCUGUGUUGAUGCUGAGGCUUUUGAGGUAAACAAGGAUGACCUGUCCAAUGGAAUCUUCAUCAGCUUCCUGAAGACCAGGCUGAUGGAGCAGGAGAAGGUCACAGUCAUGCUGGACAGGGUGGCUGAAGAUAUGGGGAGGUGCCAGCUUACACGUGGACGCCAGGCUCUGGAGCUGCGCAGUAACCUGUCUGAGAGGCGUGCUCUCACAGAUCGCAUUCAGGCCAUGGACUGUCCAGUUACUGCGUCAACACGCAAUCUACAGUGGUCUAUUGCACACGUUCUGCCAGAGAGUCGGGUUCUGCAGUUUGACUGUGGUGUGAAGGUGCAGUUGGGUUUUGCGGCAGAGUUUUCCAACAUCAUGAUCAUCUACACUCGGAUCUUAGAGAAACCCAAAGACAUCACAUCCUGCUCAGCCCAGCUAUUAGACUUCACUGAGGGCCCAGAGAUUGACCUCAAACGAACCAACCAGGAGAGCCUCAGAGAAGCUGGAAGUUUGCUGCUGACCAUGGAUGAUUGGCUUCCCCAGGAGCAGCCACGUCUCUACACUCGUCUUUGUGCUCUCCAAAGACUCAAGAUGGAGCUCUCAUUCACGGUGUGUCUACACUAUCAAUACACCAACCUCGACGAGGACCUUCUGGAAAAGAAAACAGUGACUGUGGGCAAACCGCUUGUCUCCAAACUCAACCUCCAUGAAGCAAGGCCUCACCAUGUCUUAUCCUCUUCCUCUGAUGAUCUUCAAACCAUGUCAGACUCCUCAUCUUUUGCAGAGGAACUGAGGGCCAGCUUGCCUUCCUUAGAAAUGUCAGCUGAGUGCUACAAUUAUCCACGUGAGGUCUCCUCCAGGAUAAACGAACCCGAAGAGAACAUCAGCCCGGAGUUCCUCAGCUCUGAUGAGCCUCCAGCCUCCAAAAGCUUGACCCAUGCUGGUCCUGAGAAACCUCUGAAGUUCACCAACUUCCAUUCCUUCUAGUGUAAAUCUGUUCAGGUUUACUGUAUUGAUGUUCCACUUAACAUGGUGCAGUUUACUUUAUGCCCUCCUCUAUGAUCUGCCUGUCAUAGAGGAGGGAUGGGUGCUUCUACAGGAGUGUGUGCUUCAGAGGACAUAAUAUUAGAAAAAGCAGUGAUACUUUGAUGGUUCUGAUGGUUUUUGGUCCAACCCUACAGAGGUCAGCCUAUAUAAAGAAAUAGUGCACAGUUUUGCAAUGCUAAUAUAAAGUAAUAUAAUAGAAUCGGUCAGAUACUGUAUAUGGACCAAUGUAUUUAUUUAUUCUUUAAAAUGAUCAUGUUUUUGUUGAAGUAAAGGUUUACUAGGUUUAAGAGCAUUGCUGAGAGGAUUUUUAGCCCACGUUUAUUUUUUAACUUGCUCCUAGUGCUAAUUAAUCUGAGUCCUACUGUAGUCUGAGGACUACAGUACUGCUUUACAAGGACUGGGCAAGCUGUCUGUAUGUGUGCAUUUGUAUAUCAGUAUGUCAAAAAAUACAUAAAAAGCAAUGUGAUGAUAACACAAUACAAAAAUGGACAAUAUG